AUGGAGGUCAAUGUGCAGCACAGGGAAUUUGAGGUCAGGUGGGGACUGGGUAAUACCUCGCUACCAAACGGACUUAUCAAUGAGGGAGUACAGGAUUCCCCUUUAAUGAUGAGAGGCGGAAGUGCCGCGCAAAGCUGUACACUGCAAAUGUUGGACGCAGCGUUUGGUAUCGUGCAUAGUGAAGAUGAACAGAAAUACUUGGACGAGGUGAGAGGAUAUAUGCUACAAGAACAUCGAGAUCUGUACGACUACAUAAAAGACCGAAGCAGAAUAAGAGAAUAUGUGGAAAGUAGCUUCAAUGAAUCUGUGAAGGAAUCGUACAACGCAUGUAUCAUGGCCAUACAGGGAUUUAGACGGCACCAUAUAACGAAGGCGUAUGAGUACAUUACGCAGCCGGCUCAGAGACCAGACGGAACAACUGUGUUGAAUUUAUUCGUGAUAAAGGCACAGGAGGGGCAGGAUAUAUCAAGUUUCUGAGCAGGAUCAGACGGAACACCGCUUUAUCCAAACUACCUUCGGAACAUAUCGCCACCACUAAAAAUCUUGCUACGAAAGAAUCAGUUUUUAACCAACGUGACCAAAAUUAACAAUUUUAAUUACAUUCUAAAAAGAGUGAGUCUGAUGGAAAAAUACUUGUAAUUGGAGAGCUGAAAAAAACUCUUCAGAAGGAUGACACAAUUCAUAUACAAGUCGUUGUUUAAUGCAUGUUUGGUUUCUUGCAGUUUGUGGCUUAAUACAUAUUUUUCCCUUUGAUUUUUUAUGAAGGCCAUUUAAACAAAGUUAAAUCAGUAUAUCAGUUGAUGUAGUAUUGAAUAUCAUCGUGUCAACUUAUUCGCCAGAAUACUUUGAUCCUCAUUUCCCUCUCAUUUUGUCUUUCAAGCUUCUCCGUGAAGGAUACCUAUCCUUUCUCCACCUAUAAUGACACUUAGCAACAACUUGCAAACAGAAUUAUUUUAAUUCGGUAGCUUGUUAUUUAGUUAUGAACCUUGAAUUGAUUCUAUAACUUAAAUUCAGAAGGUGAUUCGGAAAAAUCGUUCUUAACUUCGUGAUUAUUUAUUCACUAACCUGUGAAAGUCUACCUUUUCAAAUAGUGUGUAAACAUCAAAGGCUACUUUUGUUUCCCCAUGUUCUUUUGUGUCGAAAUAACGUAUAAUAAAUUAC